AUGUCUGAGAAAGGAGGGUUGAUGGAGCAGGACUUAAGCAAGCUGGAUGUAACACAGUUACAUCCACUCUCACCUGAAGUUAUUUCUCGUCAGGCUACAAUAAAUAUUGGCACUAUUGGUCACGUGGCACAUGGUAAAUCGACGCUGGUGAAAGCGAUAUCUGGCAUCCAGACAGUUCGUUUUAAAAAUGAACUUGAGCGGAACAUUACUAUUAAGCUUGGAUAUGCAAAUGCAAAGAUAUACAAAUGUGAAGAUGAACAGUGCCCUCGACCUAUGUGCUACAAGGCAUAUGGAAGUGCAACAGAAGAUAGUCCCUUCUGUGAUGUGCCUGAAUUCGAAAAGUGUAGGAUGAAACUACUCAGACAUAUAUCUUUUGUCGAUUGCCCGGGACACGACAUUCUCAUGGCUACUAUGCUCAAUGGUGCUGCAAUUAUGGAUGGAGCUUUACUUCUCAUAGCUGCCAAUGAGGAUUGCCCCCAACCUCAAACUGCCGAGCAUCUCGUUGCUGUUGAAAUUAUAGGACUUAAACAUAUUAUUAUCGUCCAAAAUAAAGUUGAUCUGGUUCCGCAACAUGUAUCCAUCCAUCAGAAGGAAGAGAUUCAAAAAUUUGUCCAGAGAACUGUUGCUGAAGGUGCACCGGUGGUUCCAAUUUCUGCUCAGCUGAAGUAUAAUGUUGACGUUGUGUGCGAGUAUAUUGUGAAAAAGAUACCUGUUCCGGAAAGGAAUUUUGUCUCACCGCCGCAUAUGAUUGUAAUCCGAUCCUUUGACGUCAACAAGCCUGGUUCCGAGGUUGAGGAAAUAAAAGGCGGUGUUGCUGGUGGAAGCAUCCUCAGGAUUUUAAAAUUGGGUAUCUUAAAUUUAUCUAUUACCUUAUUUUGGCAAAUUUGUUCUGUGCAGGGUGUUUUACAGGUGAAUCAGUUCAUUGAAAUUCGACCAGGGAUUAUACUAGAAGAUGAGCACAAAAAUAUCAAAUGCACCCCAAUAUAUACUAGAAUUGUAUCUUUGUUUGCUGAGCAAAAUGAGCUGCAGUUUGCAGUGCCAGGGGGUCUAAUUGGCGUUGGCACUACAAUGGAUCCUACGUUAACACGUGGUGAUAGGUUGGUUGGUCAGGUUCUUGGGGAGGUCGGAUCCCUGCCUGAAGUUUACACUGAACUGGAGGUUAAUUUCUUCCUCCUGUACCGACUUGUGGGUGUUAAGACAAAGGGCUCAGAGAAGCAGGGAAGGGUCUCAAAGCUGGUCAAGGGAGAGAUUUUGAUGUUGAAUAUAGGGUCCAUGUCAACGGGAGCUCGUAUAAUCGCUGUAAGGAAUGACAUGGCAAAGCUGCAACUUAGUAAACCAGUGUGUACCAGCCCAGGAGAGAAGGUUGCACUGAGCAGGCGGAUCGAGAAGCACUGGCGUCUCAUCGGUUGGGGUCAGAUUCAAGCUGGAACCACCCUUGAGCUUGAUGUCCCAGCAUUACCUUUCUGAGCGAUAGAAACAGAGUAGUUAGUGAACAUAAGAAACAGAGUAGUUAGUGAACAUAAGAAACUAGUAGUA